AAUUAUUCUGUUCUGUCCCAAGUCCCAACAACUGCGUUCUGUUCUGUUCUGUGUGCUUUCAACAACAAACCAAAUCCAAGAGCUCAAACUCAAACCAUUUCCCUCACUCUCCCUUUGCUUUCCCAAUCUCAUCUCAUUGUACUCUUUCUGACCCAACAUGCAAAUCGCAACUCUCACUAUUCUUCUCUUCUUGGUUUGAGUCUAAGGAAAGCCACACACACCCCCACCAGUUCAAGGUUUUACCUUUCCUUCUCUCACUCGGGUGUGAAAGGUGAAAAUAAAGUGUGGAUAUCAGGACUUGUUUAUUUUUUUCGAAGGCAAUUCACUAUGUUUGAUUAUUCUUGUGCAUGGGCUAAUACCAAGGUUCUAUAUCAACACAUAAAAGAUUAUGGCCUACUGCUUUUUGGCAUUCUAAUCUAUGCCAUCUGACAUGAUUUCUCUACUUGUUUGAGCUCAUUUGUAAUUAAAAGAAUCCACUCAUCAAGUUACACUCUCCCUCCCUUGUGGGAAGACACAAGCAACUAUGCACAACACAUAUGUUAGCUCAACAAUAUAUGCUGUUAGGUGUCAAGAUUCAUUCUCAUUAUCUUUUAAUGGCUACUCAAACUUCUGUUAUGAAAGAUUUGACAGAACCCCAUCAUACUGUUUGUCAUGCUGUGGUUGUUGUGAUUGUUGUUCUGUCUCCACUUACAGAGUACCCAUAAAGCCUUGUCUUAUAAGUGGUUUGAGGCAAUCUUCUCUUCUUCAAUUGUCAGCUUCUAGAAGGUUGAUAUUGGGUGGUGGAGAUCCUUACUUUUCCCAGAUACCAGCUUAUGGUUUCCUCCGAGGUUGUGAUGAGCUUAAUUCUUCUGUCAAUGAGAGAACUGUUUGCAAUAAUAGUAGACAGAGAAUAAGGGGAAGAUGUAUUCGUGCUGCCUCUAAAAAAGGGAGAGAAUUUUCACAUCCAUUUGGUUCUGAUGAUGCUGAAGCAAUUCUCAGCUUGUUGAGUGAAGAAUCAGAUAAGGAUGUUAUUUGUAGCAAAUGUAAGGAUGUGUCUUCAUCCAAAAUAAUGGAUGCUGAGAAGAAAAGAAAAAAUGUGAGCAGUGAGAGACAUUUGAGUUUGAACGAGAAAGUAGAAACAGAGAAAAAAGGUAAUUUUAAGCAACAUGGAUCAUCCACCAUAGACUUGAGAAGAGAGUAUAAAAAACUCAACAAAGAAAGGGAAGCCUUUGUAAAAGGUGAAAAUCAUAGGAAACAAAGAGAUGUGUCUAGUUGUUCAUCUUAUUAUUCUCUCUCAUCGGGAGAUUUUGGGAAUGAGCUGGAAGUUCAGGAUGAGAUUGGUUUGGAAGAGUCAUCACUGGAACAUGAGAAGGAUGAAGCAAAUCGUGUGGAGGAAGAAUUCAACAGUGAAGGGGAUGACAAAAAGAAGCUGCAAGAUGUUUCUUAUAAUGAAAGAAUUGCAUUUGGUGUGGAUAUUGAUUGGAACCUAAGGAAGAAGUCUGAAAAGAAGCUGACCGAGGGAACUGUGCAAAACACACAAUUUAUAAGAGAACAACAGGAUAUGCAUUCAAGAAAAUUUAAAACACAUGAAUCUGGUCAUAAAAAAUCAUCCAUGUCACAAAAGCUAGUCAAUAAUGAGGAAGAUAAAUCAUCUUUUGUUGGCAAUUUGGAUAUGAAAACAAACAAGUCAUAUAUUCAAACAGUAAACAGAAGAAAACAGCAAUCUAAAGAUGUGCAAGAGACUGGUUGUGAUGAAAUUGAGACAACUUUGUUACCACAAAAAGAAUUCAGUGGCAGGGAAGGGAAGCUUGGGAUGUCAGAAAAACUGUUGAAGGAAACAACUGAUGAACAUAACAAAAUUGUUGGUUCAUCUUCGACCACAGGAAAGGAAAUUUUGAAAUCGAAGAAGGCAUUCAGUGGAAGGGAAGGGAACCUCGCGAUAUCAGAAACACUUUUACAAGAAACAAAUGAUAAACACAAAAAAUUUGUUGGUUCUACUUCUACUUCCGGAAAGGAUGUGGUGGAUAGAAGUUCCCAGAAAUAUACCGGAAAUUUAAAAAUUGAAGACACUGAAAGGACCUCAAGUACUCGAAUACAGGACAUAGGAGUGAAAAAAGCUUCAGUUUUGAGUACUGUUCAGGGAGUGGAGGAGCAGCAACACCAGAAAGGAGAGAAGAUUAUUAUACAGGCUAAGGAUAAAGAGAGAAGAGAAAAAUCUCAACAAUUUUCUGAAGCAUCUCAAGCUCAUGGGAUUAAUGUUGAAGAUACGUCUAUUAUAAAUUCUUUAACUAGAUUAAAGAACUGGGAAGAAAAAUCAAACAUAAGCUCAGAUGUAUGGGGUACAUGGCUUCAAACUGAUAAAAGGACAAAUCAGAGUUUCCAGCACAGGAAAGGAUCUGAACAUGCCAGCACUUUAUCAGAAGGCUACGCCAGUGAUGAAAAGCAAGUUUCAAGUUCUCAAAAAAUUUAUGAAAAGGUGAGAUUCAUUCCAAAAAGUAAAUCAUCAGUUGUUAGAACUAGAGAAAGUUCUAGCCAAACUGAUGAAAGGAUUGCAAAUUUUAAAUUGGCCGAAGAGGACCAAAGAUCUAGCAACCUAUCAAUUUCUGAUGAAACUGCCACAAGAGAGGAAUCCAGCUCUCAGGGAUCAUUGAAUUUGGUUUCUGGGGCUGGAAAACGUGUUAUAUUAGAAGCAGGUGAAGAAAGGAGCUUUGCAACAAUGUUAGUCCCUUCCCCUUCUCAAAUGGGUGGAGGCUCAGCACAUGAUGAACUCACUGCUGGAAUCUCAAGCCCCAAGAUCUUCCUUGGAACUUCAGAAAGUGGCUCUUCUGCUUUGUAUGACAAUUCAGGAAGAAGCUCUGCUGUGCAUCCAGAUUCUCUUGGUUCAGCUGAUCGUUUAGAGAAAUCAUCUAGACAGUUUGUUGAUGAGUUUGUUGAGAAGGUCAGGCACGAAGUAACAACUUCAGAAGAACAAGAGAUGGAAGUUACAGGAACAAAGUUGACAUUUGAAGUUGGUGGUAAUCAGGUCUACAGCACAAGGACUCAAGGCACACAAAAUGAAACCCAGUCAAAGGAGCAUGAUUCUAGUCGUUCCUCUGGGUUUCCUGGGACCAAAGGACCUUCUGAUGAGAUGUGGGACGUUACGGAACCAUCUGUUGACCAAAGUCAAGUAGCCAAAGAAACAGAGAUCAGCAAGGAAACUGGGAAAUCAAUUGUUACUAGAACUGGGAGGUCCUUAUGGGGUAUGAUUGCUGAUCUUGUUCGAUUAAGAUGGAGUUUGCGUGCUGGUUCCUCCACUUCAGCUGUAAGAUCAGCUGAGAGAAACUCACCAAACAAGUCUGAUAGUGACACAUGGUUUUCUGGGCAGGAGCACGAGGAAGCCACUAAAACUAAUGUCGCAAAAGAAACAAAUGUACUACCACAAGCCAUGACUUCUGAUAAGUCAAAACGAGGUAAACAUUAUACCCAAAGUGAGGGAGAGGUGUCUGACAAUACAAAAUUGAAGGACGAAGGAAAGCAUCUUGAAGUUGGAUCGUCAUCUCCAAAUACAUUGGAGAGUGGAUCAACAUCAGUUGGUGCCUCGUAUAUUUCUGUAGAGGAAAAUGCUAGUUGGACUGAAGAUAAGAAAGAUUUGAAAGCCACCACUUCUGGCACACAAAACAUGGAAUUACCAAUUUCAGUACCUGCCAUGGGGCCUCCUAUUGUAGGAGAAAUUGUAAACAUUGGUGGAUCUGACAUGUCUGGAACUGAGUCAGCAAUGCCAAUCAAGGCACCUGUUGCUCUAGUGCAGUCUGAAUUGUCUGGCUUAGAGAGAAAGGAUGGAGAGUUGAAGCAAAGGAAGUUUCAACGGAACAAACAAGUCUUGAAAGAUAGGUUUGAUGAGUGGGAAGAAGCCUAUAAACGUGAAUUUGAGCAGCGAAGAAUAGAUGAAAUGUUCAUGAAGGAAGCACUUUUGGAAGCCAAGAAGGCCGCUGAUACAUGGGAGGUCCCUGUUGGUGCUGUUCUUGUGCAGCAUGGGAAAAUUAUUGCUCGAGGAUGCAACUUAGUAGAGGAGUUACGGGACUCCACUGCCCAUGCAGAGAUGAUUUGUAUACGAGAAGCUUCAAACCUUCUUCGGACAUGGAGACUAUCUGAUACUACACUUUAUGUAACGCUUGAGCCAUGUCCAAUGUGUGCUGGUGCAAUCCUUCAAGCAAGAAUAGAUACUCUUGUGUGGGGUGCUCCCAAUAAGCUUCUUGGAGCAGAUGGAAGCUGGAUUAGGCUUUUCCCUGAUGGUGGAGAAAAUGUAUCAGAACCAAAAGAUAUACCACCUGCCCCAGUUCAUCCAUUCCAUCCGAAGAUGAAAAUAAGAAGAGGGGUCUUGGCAACAGAGUGUGCAGAUGCAAUGCAGCAAUUCUUUCAGCUAAGAAGGAAAAAGAAGAAAGAGGAACCACCAAAGGAACCUUCUUGCCUUCCUGUUACUCACCACCACCCCUCCAAGUUUCUUAACAAGAUGCAUGACAUCUUCCACAUAAUGUUUUGUUUGUAACAUAGAAGAUUCACAUGUUUUAAAUGAGCAUCUAAAUAAAACUUUCAAACAUGGUUACCGUGAAAAUUACAGUUCAAUUUCUCUAGAGUAUUCAAUCAUCUAAGCUGUCAUGGACAAUAAGAUUUCAGACGUUGCCAAGCCACUGUUGCCAACUUUAAUUUAAAGUAAUGACUUCAAACGAUUAGGAUGAUGACAAGAAUGUAAUGAUAUAUUUGAGCCUGUCUGUCAUUGUUCCUUUUCAUUUAUUUGUAAAGGGUGAUUGGGUGAGAAUUUGAUAUCACUUGCAAGAAACAGAAACCUAGAGUAUGUACAACGAUUGAACUGCUGAUAAAACAUCAAAUCACAUUGGUAA